GGGAUUCGCCGAGUAGCGAGACACUUGCAUGGCGCAGGAUGUAUUCUACAGGAUAUUAGAUGGAAUAUCCCGUCUCCUCUCUCCAGGCCGCCUUGUCAUGGUACGGCGACAGUGCCCCGGCCAUGCAGGAAAUCCCAGGAAAUCCAUCACAUUUCACGAAGUAACGCGGGAGCUGUGUCCAAUCAGCGCCCUGGUGAUUACCCUCAGCUUUCCCCUCCCGAAUCCGGGGUCCACGAGCUCGCCUUGCUCGGUGACAUCGGCAUUCGAGAAGACAGACCCCCCAAUAUGCUAGUAUUUAAAGGCCACAGGAAGCUUCCUCUCAAAUCGGACGGUGGAUUGUCUCUUCUCCAACACGUUGUUUCAUACCCUCUCGGCCUUAAUGUGAACGAAGCUGCGGACCGGCGGUCUUGUCAUUUUCACCAUGGCCCGCGGCUUAUGUUUCUCGUUCCUAGCUCUCGCUGGUGCUGCCUCGGCUACUUUCUCUGGCAACAUCAACUACUUCUCUCCUUCGAGGCACCAUGCGUCCCUAGGCGUAUCAAUUAGCAAGGUCGCCAAGCGGACCUACGCCAAUCCCCCCUGGGACCCGAGCAAAUUGAACUUCACUCACGGCAUUGCCUCCGGCGACCCGUAUGACGAUAGCGUCAUCCUCUGGACCCGGGCGGCGCCAAGCAGCGAGAACAACCAGAGCAACGUAACCGUGUCGGGCUACGUGCCCCUCUACGACCAUUCGACCGAGCCGUACGUUGCGAAGAGCGACUCGCCCGUCUGUGUUGAUUGGAAGAUCAGCACGUCCAAGACGUUCGAGAAGCUCGCCGACUUUGGCACCGUGUACACUAGCUCCGAUAUCGAUUUCACGAUCAAGGUCGAAGCCAAGAGAUUAAAGCCCUCCACGACGUACUACUAUCAAUUCGCCAUAUGCAACUCGAACAAUAGGUCUCCCAUUGGCCGUACCAAGACAAUUCCUUCACCCGAUGACGAGGUGACGGAUCCCAUAAGAUUUGCCGUGUACUCUUGUAGCAAUUAUCCAUUUGGCUUCUUCAACGCCUACGGAAAUCCUGUCCGCAAGGAUUCUGUAGACUAUGUAAUUCACUUGGGCGACUACAUAUACGAGUAUGCAAACGGAGAAUACGGCUGGGGCAACGCCUACGAUCGAAUACCUCUCCCAGACCGACAGAUAAUCACCCUCUACGAUUACCGCAAGCGUCUUGCGACAUACAGGACUGACAUAGACCUGCUUGCGAGCCACCAGUAUUUCCCAUGGAUACCUGUCUGGGAUGACCAUGAGGUUGCUGAUAACAUAUGGAAAAGCGGUUCUUCCGAGAUGAACAACACGGAGGAAUCCUUUAUUGCAGAUGGGGGUGUAUCCGUUGACCAACGGAAGAUGAAUGCUGUCCGCGCGUACUUCGAGUGGAUGCCUAUCCGACAAGUUGACAUGGACGACAAUCUGCGAAUUUGGCGCAACUUCAAGUUUGGUAACCUAUUCGACCUCGUCAUGCUUGACACUCGUGUGUACGAUCGGGCCAUCACCGACGUGUACUGGAACACCCGGUACAUUAGCGAGAUCCAGAAUGAGGCCAGCCGGACGCUCAUGGGCCCGCGCCAGGAAGCCUGGUUUUACAAUACUCUGCGUGACAGCUCAGCCCGAGGCGCGACGUGGCGUGUGAUCGGUAACCAGAUCGUCUUCAGCCGGAUCAACACGAGCGCGGCCACUGGCGAGGACCUCCCCUUUAAUUUCGACCAAUGGGACGGGUACCUGGCGAACCGUAACCGCACCUUCCACACCCUCUACGAGAACAAGGUGAACAACAACGUAUUCCUCGCCGGCGACUCGCACGCGUCCUGGGUGUCCGACCUCGUCUGGCUCGGGGAACACCCGUACGACCCGGAGACAGGGUCCGGAUCCGUGGGUGUCGAGUUCGCCGGUUCGGCGGUGAGCUCGCCCUCACCGGCCGGGCAGAAUAUAACGAUCGCAGCCGCCAAUGCCGCUUCCGAUUGGCUGACGGCGGCGAACGCGGAGCUCCAGUGGCAAGACUUAUACUACCGCGGCUACUACGAACUCUACAUCAGCCACGAGAGGGUAGACGCCGCGUUCUUCGGCGUGCCGACGACCACCCUCCACAACGGCUACGAGAUCCCGCUGGCGAACUUUACGGUGCUCGCCGGCGAGAACAGAUUGCAUCGGACGAACGGCUUACCAAGCGUUGGGAGCGUAGAGAGCGGGAGCGUCAAAGGCGGUAAGCCCACCCAUUCCAACUUGACUCACGACACGGAAACCGGAAGAUGGUUUACGUACACUGGGUCGGAAUCGGAUGGGGAGAGAGGGGGGGAGUAG